AGGAAAUGUUACAUUUUAGUAUCAGGAGAAUAUGAUAUGCGAGGAGGUGGCACGAGAAAUUCACAGUACGUAUGAAAUUCUUGAAUUUUACAUUUUGGUAUCAGGAGCACAUGAUAUGCGAAGAGGUGGCACGGAGGAAAUAUGGAUAGGUAUGUUUUGGGAGUGAAUUGAAAUAAAUAAGAUGUGUUUCUCCUUCAAUGUAUGUUUAUUAUAACAUGUAAUGUAAUGAUACAGAAGAAUUAGGAUGGCUUGAUAAAAAAUGGUAAUAGUUUAGAUCGUCUCAUAACUUUGAGAACUUAAAAAUCAUAUCUUAUUAUGUGUACAUGGUGUUAGGAUGCGUUAUAAGUUGUUACGAUGUGUGAAGAGGUGUCAGGAAUUGUUCAAAGGUGAAUGAAAAGUUUGUGUCGGUAACAGGUGAAACACAAAUUGAGUUGACACCAACGAUGUGUGCCCCUACUAUGCGGCAACAUUUACGAACCGGUUUGACUGUUUGGUUGCCAUUUCGUAGGCGCGGAGGUGCCGCUGCCGUGCAGCAACCUAUCCUAGUUGUGUUGUCGGGUCGGUUGCCAUCUUAUAGGCGCAGGGCUGCCCCUACGGUGCGGCAACCAUAGUGGCCGGUUUGUUGUUUCGGUUGCUAUGUUGUAGGCGCAAGUGGUGUCCCCGUUACGCGGGAACCUAUUCGAGCUGUUUUGUCGGUUGUGUUGUCUUCUCGUAGGCGCAGGAAUGUCCCCGGAAUGCGGCAGGAAAAUCUAUCUCGUUUUUCAUUUCGGUUGUCUUGAAGUUGCUGCAUGCUUGAAUUCGCAACUACUGCGUUAAAUGAAACAAUCUUUGAUAAUCUUUAGGAAAGAACCAUCUUAAAAAUAAAAAUUUGACUUUUACAUACGUUCUGUUUUAUUUUUUAUUUUGUCCAUUUCGAAAGGCUGAACAUAGAACAUACGUAUAUUCUAGUAUAGUGUCCUGUACUUGAAAUCCUGAACAAUAAACGCCACCUUCGUUCCAUUUCGCGUUUGUUUACUCGAUGGUCGCGAAAUCCAUCGGAGGUUAACGCUAGGUGCUCGAAGGAUGUAAUAAAGUAACCUUACAAUUCAAACAUCGGGAAGCCAAAUCCAUUCGUCGCUUUCGAAGAACAGGACCUCGAACGUCGUUCAUCAUGGGCGAAAUCAUGCAGCACUGGAUACAAGCGAGGCUGGGCAUCAUGUUAGACCUAACGCCAGACGUUUUUGGGCACUACACCAAGGACGGUAGAUUGCUCUCGAAAAUUCUGUACAGCUACGACGUGAUAAACCGCGAUCAGCUGGAGACGAUCAUGGAGACGCAAGAUCCUGCCCUGUGCAGAGUGAACCUUAGGCAUCUGAAGGUCUGGCUCCGCUUUCUAGGCAUCGAGUGCGACAACGAGAGCAUCGUGGAGAUCUCCUGCGGCAAGGGCACCGCGUCUCUGCGGUUGUUCUACAAGGUCUACCUCUGUUUGGAGAGCAAGGAUAGGCUGCACUUUAUUACCCUGCAGAAGGAAAGGGAGAAAUACGUACCCACGUCGAAGAAGUUCGAGGUGACUGCAGUCAACGAGGAUCCUCCGCCCUACCAACCUCCAGACCACCCUCUUGCGAAGAAACUCGUGGAGGGGAAGAAGACCAUCGAGGAUCACCGUUUCAAGUUUCCCAUAGCUCUUCGAAGACUCAAACGGGAGAGAGACAAGCUACAAACUUGGCACUCAUAUCCCAUCGUGCAGCCCGUCGAACACUGCGUUGCCGAGGUACCUACAAGGUAGCGAAAGGUAGCGUGACACAAAGCAGCAAUGUAGAGUGUUCUUGGAAAUUGGCUCCAUUGUUUGCAGGUAGGUUAACAAUACUCGCGAAAAGGCAUCAAACUUUCAAAUCGAGGUCUUCUGAAAUUCAACAGUGUUGGCGGGUUGCGUGGAAGGCUGCAUAGGCAUGCAACAGUGUACCAAUAAAUUAAAGAAAAAUAAAAUCCUAUUUCAUUCGUCAAAUAGGAAACCUGCAAACAGAUGGGUCAUUAUAUAAGAACAUCCAGUAUCUAUCACGAACACUCGCGUCAUCUUGAACAUUUUCCCUACUUUCCACGGCCUUGAUCUGUCUUCCUCUCGCAGAAAUCCGACCCAGUGGAUACACUCAAGGAAGAGAGCGCGGAAUUGGAUCGUUUCGCACGCAAGCACCGAAUAAAAUCGCAGAAAUUCAAGGAGUACGACGACACCUUUGGCAAGGAAUUCGAGGAAGUCGCGGAGG